AUGCCUGGCACACCAAUACCGAGAGAACAAAUCUCACCCCAGUAUCUGGAAGAAAAUAUCUCGGCUCGGCUCGUCGCAGCAUCGUCGGUUAUCUUGGUAGUUACAACUGUAUUAUUGGCCCUUCGUCUCUAUAUCCGCAGUCUGCCGAAUGUGAAGACUGGCUUGGAAGAUAUGCUGUUGCUCCCAGCGUAUCUUCUUUCGUUAGCUUCCUGUAUUUGUGGCUAUCUUGCGGUCACCCAUGGUGGCGCCGGUCGCCAUGUCAAGGCACUGAUGCUGGAAGACCCAAAUAUCAUAAUUGUACGAGGGAAAUUGCUUUACUCGCUCAGUUGGGUCUCGGCAUACUCAAACUGCUUCUCGCGAGUCUCCGUCUUGGUAUUGCUCUAUACUAUCUUUACGCCAGGUGUUGCGCGAAAAUGCACCGUUCUCCUGAUGGUCUAUAUGGUCCUAUUCCUCCUCUCGCAAACGAUUGCCGGUGCCAUAGAAUGCAGACCACUCGCAUACUUCUGGGAUCGCACUGGGGACGGAACAUGCAUCAAUCUAUUCUUGUUCUUUAAGUUGAGUGGGAUUCUGAAUAUAGUCGGCGAUGCUGCCAUCAUGGUACUCCCCGCGCACACAGUGUGGAACCUACAGGCAUCAAUAGCCAAGAGAGUAGCGAUUUCGUUUGUUUUUCUCUCUGGUAGCAUAGGCUUGAUUGCGUCCUGCUUCCGAACCGCUUCCUUCUUCACGUCGCAAGAACAGUCUACGCAAGAUCCUACAUGGACGGAUGUUCAAUUGAUGAGCUGGACAAUCGUUGAAAGCGGCAUGUAUAUGGCCGCUGCGUGCAGUAUGCGCCUGCGCCCACUAUUGAGAAAACUACCUGGGUGGUUUAAACAAUUCAAGACAACGCAUGAAAGCGGCGUGACAGUUGAGAGAACUUUCACUAUAGAGGAUGGGAAAGGGUAUGAGAUGAACUACUACGCGAAGCAAGGACAUAUCCCGCUCAGGUCGUUUGACAGAGAUCUAAAUCGGGCGAGCGUCCAAGGGCCUACACCGGCCGGAAGUAAAUAG